AUGCCGCGAAUCAUCCUUUCCGUUAACGCGGGGUCCUCGUCCGUGAAAGCGACAUUCUACAAGCUGGAGAACCCGCCAGUCGCGGUGCUCGACGCCCAAGUCUCUGGCAUCACAUCGCCACCACAGACACUCAAAUACAGCACAGCAACCAGCAAAAAGAAGGAGCAGCUAAAAGAGAGCCUGGGGACGCCGCCGGAUGCGUUCAAGUAUUUGCUACGACGAUGUCUGACCGACUCUGAUCUAGCACAAUUGGCUGGCAUGGACGAUGUAGUAUUCAUCUGCCACCGCAUCGUCCAUGGAGGGGAUUACACGCAGGCUAUUGAGAUCAAUGACGAAACGUACCACAAUCUAAAGAAAAUCGAAGACCUUGCUCCUCUACACAACUUCCCCGCGCUCGAAAUCAUUCGCAAAUGCAGACAAGAGCUGCCAAACGUCAAAAACAUUGCACACUUUGACUCGGCCUUUCACCACACUUUACCCAAGCAUGUCCGCACUUAUGCGAUUGACCAGGAGGUGGCGACACGAAACAAGCUGCGCAAGUACGGGUUUCACGGUAUUAGCUACGCCUUCAUACUCCGGUCUGUCGCGGAGUUUUUGGGGAAACCGCAACAGGAUACAAACCUGAUAGUCAUGCACAUUGGGAGCGGGGCUUCGGUGUGCGCUAUCAAGGCGGGGAAGUCUAUAGACACUUCUAUGGGGUUGACUCCUUUGGCAGGAUUGCCCGGUGCGACUCGAAGCGGGGAUGUCGAUCCAAGCUUGGUGUUUCAUUAUACAAGCGAAGCCAGUAGCUUGAGUCCGGCUAGCACCAAGGAGAUGCACAUUAGUACAGCAGAGGAAAUCCUUAACAAAAAGAGCGGCUGGAAAGGCCUCACUGGAACGACAGACUUCUCACAAAUCGCCGUCGACAACCCACCCACAGAGAACCACCGACUCGCAUUCGACAUUCUGGUCGACCGAAUCUGCGGGUUCGUGGGCAACUAUUUUGUCAAGUUGCGCGGCCGCGUAGACGCCCUGGUGUUUGCCGGAGGUAUUGGAGAAAAAAGCGCACUGCUGCGACAAGCAGUGACGCAAGAAUGCAGCAGCCUUGGAUUCGAUCUGGACGCGCAGCGAAACAGCCACGGCGCCGAAGACGACAAGCCUGUCACGGAUCUGACGAGAGAUUAUUCAUCGGACAAGAAAGAAGCGAAACCGCGGGUGCUGAUCUGCCAGACGGACGAGCAGUUCCAAAUGGCUUAUCACAGCGUCAACCAUAUGAAGAUAUGA